AUGACAUGUCGUGCGGGAUCAAAAAUAGAUCCUUGUUCAUCGGGUCCUUGUCUCAACGAUGGUAGCUGUACUGUCAACGGAAACAGUUUUAAGUGCACCUGUCUAAAUCCAUUCUUUGGAGACAGAUGCGAAAAUGAUCCUUGUUCAUCGAGUCCUUGUCUGAACAAUGGUAGUUGUACGGUCAACGGAAACAGUUUCAAGUGCACCUGCCUAAAUCCAUUCUUUGGAGACAGAUGCGAAAAUGAUCCUUGUUCAUCGAGUCCUUGUCUGAACAAUGGUAGCUGCACUGUCAACGGAAACAGUUUUAAGUGCACCUGCCUAAAUCCAUUCUUUGGAGACAGAUGCGAAAAUGAUCCGUGUACAGAUCAUCCUUGUGAAAAUGGAGGUUUGUGUGUCCUGACGGGUAACUCAUUCAAAUGUGUCUGCGAGUCACCGUAUUUCGGCAACAAUUGCGAGAAAGAUCCAUGCACAGAUAAUCCUUGUGAGAAUGGUGGAUCAUGCAUGUUGUUGGGUAACUCAUUCAAAUGUGUCUGCGAGUCACCGUAUUUCGGCAAUAAUUGCGAGAAAGAUCCAUGCACAGAUAAUCCUUGUGAGAAUGGUGGAUCAUGCAUGUUGUUGGGUAACUCAUUCAAAUGUGUCUGCGAGUCACCGUAUUUCGGCAACAAUUGCGAGAAAGAUCCAUGCACAGAUAAUCCUUGUGAGAAUGGUGGAUCAUGCAUGUUGUUGGGUAACUCAUUCAAAUGUGUCUGCGAGUCACCGUAUUUCGGCAAUAAUUGCGAGAAAGAUCCAUGCACAGCUAAUCCUUGUGAGAAUGGUGGAUCAUGCAUGUUGUUGGGUAACUCAUUCAAAUGUGUCUGCAAGCCUCCAUAUUUCGGCAAUAAUUGCGAGAAAGAUCCAUGCACAGAUAAUCCUUGUGAGAAUGGUGGAUCAUGCAUGUUGUUGGGUAACUCAUUCAAAUGUGUCUGCGAGUCACCGUAUUUCGGCAAUAAUUGCGAGAAAGAUCCGUGCACAGAUAAUCCUUGUGAGAAUGGUGGAUCAUGCAUGUUGUUGGGUAACUCAUUCAAAUGUGUCUGCAAGCCUCCAUAUUUCGGCAAUAAUUGCGAGAAAGAUCCUUGCACUACAAAUCCUUGCCAAAACGGAGGAAUCUGCACACUCUAUGGGACAUCUUUCCUUUGUCAUUGUAGAAUCCCUUAUUCUGGAGCGCUGUGCGAAAACAUUAUAUGCAACGACGAUGUAUGUGUAAAUGGAAAAUGCGAGACACUUGGACAAUAUUACAGGUGCAGAUGCGAUGCCGGAUUUACUGGAUUGCGGUGCGAAGACAGAAUUCCAACCAAAUCAGAUAAACAAGUAUUUUGGCAGAUUAUCCAAACUUCAAUCAUGUUUUAUGUACUCAUAUUGCUUUCUUUGAUAUUUGGUCUCCUGUUACUGAAGAAGAAAUGAAGUUUUGACAUCAAUUAUCUUUUGAAUGACGGAAUAAUUAUUUCCUUUCACUUCGAAUACGCAUUUGGUGAGAAUAAAGUUUCUUUUCGAAAUUACAAUACAUAUAGAAUGCCUCUAAAAUAUUUGACAAAAAUA